CCCCUUGCUCUUCAGAAAGGCCAAAGCCAGAGCAUGAAGUGGAAAAGCUCAGAUGGGAUGAAAAAAUCAGCCCCCAAUACCUCACCAUGAGGUUUGCAGGCUUCCUUUAUCCAUGGGAGAGGACGGACAUGGUCUGCGUGGUCAUCGAGGCCAUGAAGGACUCGAGCAUCUUCAACAGGAGGGUGGCAGAGGACAUCCUGGAGCUGGUCCUGAGAAACCUCGACUUCUGGCUGGCCGAGGUGGGUGCCCCAUGGCUACGUUCCCAUCCCCUUCAGUCCCUCCUCCUCCAUCCCAAACCUAGGAGGUGUCUUGGGUACCCAAAGCAGCAGAGAUGGAUGGGGAAUGCGGUCCCAGCACCAUCCUCACCCAUGCUCCCGCUUCCAGAUGUCCAGUGUCUUGAGGAGCAUCCAUGAAUGCCUGCGGAAUAGCAGCAGGGAAGACACGUGGAGAAGGAUGGACAUGCUCCUCAUCCUGAUGGCCAUCAAGCACCCGAGGGCAUUGAUGGUCAGCAUGGUCCUCAACGUGCCCUUGAGAGACAGAGCUGACAUGAACAUGUGGGAGAUGGUCCUGACCAUAUCCGAGACUUCAGAGGCCCUACGGGAGCUGCUGGGGGUGCUUCAGGACACCCGGGACACCUCCAUCCCCAACUUCGUUCCCAUGGCCUCCGGUGCUGGUGGUUCUGAGGGUGCUGAGGACCCCCAGAGCCUGAUGACAGCGUCUGUGCUGCUGGAAAGCCUCUUUCAGCUGUCGGAGAAACCUGGCUUGGGAUGCAGCCGGCUCCGGGAGCUCUCCAUCCGCCUGCUCCAGCUCCUGCUGGAGUUGGUGUUUGGAUGGGACAGGAGGAGGAUGAGGAGCAAAACCUGGGAUCUGCUGCUCCCGCUCUUCUUCCACAUGAGCGACCAAAGCCGCAGCGUGGCUGAGGUACGGACCUGCCCCAUCCCCCCGUAUCCCACAUUCCCAAGGGUGGGAUCAUCCCCAAGGUGCCGUCUCCCAUCCCAUCCUGUGCAGGCUUCCCGGGGAGCUCUCCUUGCUGCGGCGACGCUCCUGGAAUGGGAAGAGCUCCGGCGCCUAUUGAAGACGAGGCAGAUGUGGAGGGUUGCAGAGUGCUUGCUGGAGCGGAGCAGGAAGAGGGCUCAGGGAUACCUGGACCAGAGCCUGCGGUACCUGCAGGAUGCUCAGGUCCCCCUGCAAGAGGCAGCCGUCAGGUUCAUUGGAUUGGCCGCACGGCCCCUCAGAGGGAAAAGCCCAUGGAAGCUGCAGCAGAUCUGCAGAGGUGAGGAGGGAGCUGUGGCUGGGGGGAUGCUGUUGGCUACGGAGGGGCUCAUCCCGCUCUCUUUGGAUCACAGCUCUGGAAGCGCUGCUGGAUGAGGGCGAUCCCGGCCUCUGU